GCCCAAACUGCUCCCUUGCCAUGGAUUCCACUGUUAAAGAUUGCGUAGGGCCAUCUAUAAUUAUUCCUUUUUUUGAUUCGACGUAACUUUUUUCUCUCGCUCUCUCUCAAUUCCCACGCCCAGCACGGCCUGGUGCCCUGUGAUCGGGUGUCUUUCCGAUUCCCUCAAAUUGCUGCCAUCCCGUCGUUACUGUCAAAUCUUCAAAAUCUCUGCUUUUUCUUCUGUACCUUUCCCCCAUCUCCUGUCUUCUCUCUCCUUUGUUCCCUUUCGCAAUGCCACAUUGUAUGGCCAAAUUAUCCGAAUACGCCUGUCCUAACCCAAGCCCCGUAAAUAAAGCCUUGGGACAAUCGUAUCCAGAAGAUUGGCGAUGAUGAGGAAGGAUUCCGGCGCCGAAAUGGAUCCUGCGCAUCUUGGUGUUCCUCAGCUGAAGCUCGACGUCACUACUCCAUCCCGACAGCGACAGGACGGAAAAAGCGGCUUCCGACGUUGCCCGCCGGAAAAUAUUCACUUUACCGGCGAGCGGCGUCCGCUGGCCUCACGGGUUUGGAGCUCUCCGCCUGCAUCACCUAUAUUUCAGCAAUUUUCAGAACAAUUUAAAGAAGUGCCCAAUUGCGCUCAUGGUAAUUUCACGCCGCCCCAGACGCCGGUGCAGCACCAGCGGCGCGCAUCCUUCACCACUGCCAAUGAAGCGAUCUUCCAUGAUUAUCAGGGUCGAGUCAUCCACUCAGACCCAUCCAUUAAUAAAGGGCAGUUGUUCGACCCUGAAGCUCGGGUGAAGAAUGCAUGGGAAGCAUGCCAACAACCGCGGAUUUGUUCUCGUGAAUAUGAAAUUCGACUGAAUGAGAGCAGCCAGAGAGAAGAGUUCGGCCGAGGAGCAUGGAGCAUUGUCUACAAAGCGGAAUGUCAGACGCCUCAACCGAAAUUUCAAUCAUCCGCUCCAAAUUUGCUCUCUCCGCCAGUAUCGCCCAUCGCUGGAACCGAUGGCUGUGAUAGACCAACGCCCGGACUAGUUGCCGUCAAAUCCCUUGCCCGAAGGGACGGGCAGCCCGUUAUCGAACAGGAGGCACGCAUUUUAACGUACCUACAACCUUCGUGCUCCAACUCCAUCAGCUAUGCUGGAAGAUUUAUGACCAAAUUCUUUGGUUAUGAUGCAUCCUUGACGGCUCUAGUGCUCGAAGCAGUCCCGUUGACUAUGAUAGAAUACUGCGAGCAGCAGGCGAUGGCAGUGCGAGAAGAGUCAAGACGACAAAGGAGCAUGAAGCCAAGAGUAGUCGUAGGAAUGGAUGUUUGGCUCGGGUUUGCCGAACAGCUGAUCGAUGGUCUCAAAUAUUUCCAUGACCACUCUGUCGUCCACGGGGACAUCAAGCCGAUGAAUAUCUUGCUGCGAAAAGGAAGCGGUACCCACGGCCUUCAGCCCAUCUACUGCGACUUUUCAUCCUCACAUGUUGUCCACCCGCAAAUCGAGCCAGAAAGAACGACGGCUUGGACGAUUGAGUUCACGGCGCCCGAGGUGUUAAAGUCGAUAGCGCGGGGCGACGACGUCGUGGCCACGUUCUCCAACGACAUUUUCGCGCUUGGGGUCAGUCUCUUAACGCCCGUAAUGGGGAACUUACCUUACGCUGGGGCCUCUGAAUUUCAGAAGCGAAGCAUGGCCAUGCAGGGAACACCCCUCGCCUUUGAGCUACCUCGACCACGAGAUCGGUCUCGAGAUUUUGUCUUGAUUGACAAGCUUCUGUCUGCUGCGGUAAUUCGUCAUGUCGACCAGCGGGUCGAUGCCUCCUCAUGGCAAAGCCUGCACCGCGAAAUAGCUCGCGAAUGGAAACUCUCCGAAUCCGCCAACCAGGGUACCGCUCAAUCAUAAUCUCACGCUUCCUGGCUAUAAUGCGCAUUUUAAUAUUCUUUCUUCGUUUCUGCAAAAGGGCUUUUUGGAGUUGUUAUUUCUGCAUAAAAGGUUCAAGGGUUUAAAUCUUUUCGGUGUUGGGAGGGUAGGGUUAAAGACGCAUCAUGAAGAUACCAUGAGAUAUCUCAUCUCAAAUGAGCGACAUUUGAUUUUGGAAGCG